AUGGAGGUCUGGAAUCUGGUCAUCGUCUUUCUCGCUCUCUACCUCUCUCUCGCCUUCCUCCGCCGCAGGAGGUCACGAACCCUAUCCUACCCUCCCGGGCCUCCGGCCUUUCCUUUGGUGGGCAACCUUCUAUGGCUCCGCCGCCCCUUCUCUGAGAUCGAGAGCAUCCUCCGUCGCCUCCGCCUGGAAUACGGGCCCAUCGUAAUGAUCAAAGUCGGCUUCCUGACGCCUGUCUUCGUGUCCGACCGGGACCUCGCCCAUAAGAUCCUCGUUCAGAGCGGCGCCACCUUCGCUGGCCGCCCUCCCGUUGGGCCAGCCACAAGCUUACUCACUGGUAACCAGUACAGCAUCAACGGCUUGCCCUACGGGCCUCUCUGGCGUACCUUACGCCGCAACUUGUCCGCCGAGAUCCUUCAUCAGUCGAGGAUUAGGUACUUCUCUCGCGCCAGGGACUGGGUCCUUACAGUCCUUCUGGACAAGCUCCGCAUGGAGGCUGACACUGGGGAGCCGGUGAUGGUGGUGGAGAGCUUUCUUUACGCCAUGUUCUGCCUGCUCGUCUUCAUGUGUUUCGGGGAGAAGCUGGAAGAGAAGACUGUUCGGGAGAUCGAGAGGAUUCAGCGUGAUAUCCUCCUCUACGUAGACAAGCUCACAAUAUUUGCUUUCCUCCCCAAGAUCGGCAAGUAUCUGUUGAAAGAUCGAUGGAGGAAGAUCGGGGAUAUGCGUAGGCGACAGAAGGACGUCUUCCUCCCCCUGAUCAGAGCCCGCCAGAAGUGGAGGGAUCAGGGGAUGAGCAGCUGUGGAGAGAACAUCCUCGAGUUCUCGUACGUGGAUACCCUUCUCGACAUGGAGGUCCCCGAUGGAGAGGGGAAGAAUCGGAAGCUCAGGGACGAGGAGAUCGUCAGCCUCUGCUCUGAGUUUCUGAACGCCGGCACCGACACUACGGUGACCGCGCUGGAGUGGAUCAUGGCGAACGUGGUGAAGCGCCAGGACAUGCAAAAAAAGCUGUUCGAGGAAAUCAUCGCCGUGGUCGGCAAAGUGGAGGCGGUGGAGGAGGAGGACCUGGGCAAGCUUGCCUACCUCAAGGCCGUGGUUAUGGAGGGGUUGCGGCGGCACCCGCCAGGCCAUUUCCUGCUGCCUCACGCAGCCAUAGAUGACACGGAGGUGAACGGGUACGUCAUACCGCGCAGCGCUCCCCUCAACUUCAUGGUGACGGAGAUGAACUGGAACGGCGACGUGUGGGAGAACCCAAUGGAGUUCAGGCCGGAGAGAUUCCUCCCCGGCGGCGAGGGGGAGGGCGUGGACAUAACCGGAAGCAAAGAGAUAAAAAUGAUGACUUUCGGGGCGGGGAGGAGGAUCUGCCCCGGGCUGGCACUGGCGGUGCUCCAUCUUGAGUUCUUCGUGGCCAAUCUGGUGAGGGAAUUCGAGUGGAAGGAGGUGGAAGGGGAGCAGGUGGACAUGACGGAGAAGGUGCAAUUCACCGUCGUAAUGAAGACCCCUCUGAAGGUUCGGCUCUUUCCUCGCUCUGGGUAA